AUAUUUAUAGACAAAUAUCAUCUGGAAUUGCCGAAAGGAGGAGUAUCAUACAAUGCUACAAUUUGAGAGAUCAGUUUAUGCCUCUGUUGCCAUUUUAUACAUCAUAAUACCACAGAUGAUUUCUGCGUAUACGGGCACUGUUUAUUUAGCGUCUAAUGGACAGCAAGGAAAACCGAGAUCGUCAACAUUAUGGAUUUUGCAAGAAAGAACUGAUCAGUUAGUUUUUACUUGGACAUCAUUUGCUUUGAAUACGUUUGAUUAUUUGGAAAUCGAGUUAGACAGACUAUCAAUCUCAGAAAAAAUGCAUAAGGAUGCAACAUUUUCACUUUUAAACGCUAUUGGAUCAUCAUGUGUAGACGAGAAAUAUAAAGUUCAAGCAUCAGAGAAGUAUUUGUCAGUGUUUACUUCAGCGAAAGAACAACGAUACUUAACUUACAAACGAGUACCUAGAAUUGCAACAGCCAAUCUUUCAGUAAAGAAUCAAAAAAUCGCCCAGGUACAGUGGAAAUUAGAAGAUAAACCAUGUGGUAAAAAUGAUCCCGUACUGAUCUUUAAAAAAACUUCAACUGGAUCAUUUGAAAUGCACAUAUCAUCUACCAGUGUCUCAAAGUAUUCAUUCAAUAAAGGUGUUGGAGACCAAGAGCAAGAAGUAUUUUUAACUGUCGUCCACAAAAACUCAUUUUCUUUGCCGUUCCUAGUAUCUGAAGCACAGAAGCGGGUAGGAUUCGUCGAUCCUCUAAAGGCAGGAGAACCACGCGUGGAAGAGACAGGCAUUGCAAAAGCUUCCAGUUUUGAAAUCCCGUGGAAAUCAGUAUUGAUCGGAGCAACUUUUGUGGUUCUCGGUUUAUGCGUCUGUAGAGUCUUUUAUAGUUUAAUCAAAGGUUGAUAUACUUGUCAAGCAUUUUUAAAACACACAACGUUUUGUAAUUAAUGAAUAACGGGUCUCUUUUGUGUAAAACAAUCAAUGUAAUUACCUAUAAUUUUUUUCGCUCAAUUUCAAUUAUUUACAAAUAUGUUUCUGAGAAAAUGUACAAAGUUUUCUCUUUUCUGUAGCACAUUUAAUUCUUACAGAAUCUACGUAUAAAUAUCGCUGUAUUAUUGCAGUAAACUUUCGCAAACAAAUCAACAUUCGCUAUCAACAGUAAUGCAUUUAUUUGACGCUUAUAAUUCUAUUUAAAAAAAAAUAUUUUGACAAUGAAAAAUUAUGCUUUGUAAAGUAAAUCAACAUUAUGAAUAUGUUGUCUGAUAUAUGAUAUCAACAGGAGACAUAGAAUCCUAUUCAUAUAAUCAGAAGACAAGAAUUGUAACCUCUGAUUGUUUGGGUUUCAAUGGACUUCAAUAAAGGAUAUUAGCUAUUUGAAGUAACCUAGGUAAACCUAUAGAUGGCGGCUAUAUUGGCUAUGGUGAUCUAAACAGGUGAUAUUACUUUAUCCAGUAGGACAAGUACGGUAUGUGUACUACUGAAAACCAUAUGUUUAAGUUGUGUAUGGUACAACUUGGUUUAACAGAAGCGACGGGAAUAGAUUGAUCAAAGGUAUGACAAUAAAAGAAGGAAGAAAUUAAAAGCUUUAAUAUUCUUUUCAAAAUGAAAUUUACUUAUACAAUGGUAAAAUCCUAUUUUCAAAAAGUGUUAAUUAUUUUGUGAAGAACUAACUUUCUCACCAAUUAACAUAUUCUAUUAAACGAUUUACGAAUUUGUGUUA